AGGCUGGGGUGUGGAGAAGGAAGUCAGAAGAAAAGGGCUGUGUGUGGGGUAGGUUUGUUAGAACAAACGCAAAGACCGACUUUGUAAGAGAAAGAAAGAACAUCUGCAAAUACAAUGCUGUUCCUGCAACUUGUGUUGUUAGUGGUUUUCCUCCCAGAUGGUGACAGUGAAGAUGGUGAGAACUCUGACCCUGCUCAAUGGGUGCAAUUUUGUACAUCCUUCCAGGAGCUGAUAUCUUUCCGAAUUAUCCUGACCACAUCGUUUUACAACCAUUCCUGGACACAAAAUCAAGGUUCAGCAUGGCUGGAUGAGCUGCAGACUCAUGCCUGGGACAACAAGACCGGUGCUUUCAUCUACCUACAGCCAUGGUCCCAGGGCAAGUUCAGCAAUCAUGAACUGAAAGAAAUGGAAAAAAUAUUCUACAGAUACUCCAUUAUAACUAUUUCAACAUGUCGUAACCAUAUCAGCGAUUGGCGGCUUGAAUAUCCCUUUCAGGUUCAGACAGUAAUGAGCUGUGAUUCUCACUUUGGAGAAGCAUCAGUAUGCCUCCUGAAGAUUGCUUAUCAAGGAACAGACCACUUGAGUUUCCAGAACACCUCAUGGUGGCCAUCUCCAAAAGGAGGAAGAAGGGCUCAACAGAUCUGUAGACUAUUCAAUCAGAACCAUGUUAGCAAUGAAAUAACACAGAAGCUUCUCAGUGACACCUGCCCCCGGCUCCUGUUGGGUCUUCUUGAUGCAGGGAAGACACAUCUCCAGCGGCAAGUGAAGCCAGAGGCCUGGCUGUCCACUGGCCCCAGUCCCGGUCCUGGCCGUCUCCUGCUAGUGUGCCACGUUUCCGGCUUCUACCCAAAGCCUGUGUGGGUGAUGUGGAUGCGGGACAAGCAGGAGCACCAGGGCACCCAGCGAGGCGACAUCCUGCCCCAUGCUGAUGGGACGUGGUAUCUUCAGGUGUCCUUGGAUGUGAAACUCAAGGAGGCAGCUGGCCUGUCAUGUAGAGUGAGACACAGCAGUCUAGGAGGCCAGGACAUGGUUCUUUACUGGGAGCAUCCCCACUCCACGGGCUUGAUCUUCCUGGCAGUGAUAGUGCCCCUGGUGCUUCUGGCAGGUCUGGUGUUGUGGCUCUGGAAGUGCUGGAAAACACACUGGAGACCGCAGUGCACUGGCCUCCCUUUGGAGUGACCUCCCAGCAGCCCAGGGACCAGAGCCUACCUAAAUCCAGCAUAGCGGUGAUGUCCUUGCAACUGUCCACGUGCAACUUUAGUCUUUCAUUUUUUUUUUUUCUUAAUGAUCAGUUGUCAGUAUAUCCUAAAUAUAAUUUAGUGAUGUUCAUUGUGGGGCCUGAUUCUGGAACUUUAAAAUUCAAAAUUUAACUCUGGAUAGAAUGAAGUCCAAGAAACUCCAUGGGGCAUCAGGCAUUAAAUGUCAGUUCCUCCAGAACUCUUCCUGAUUCACAACGGGAAGAAGUCCCUGCUAAGUGAGAGUUCUCACAACUUAUUCCUAUUCCUGAACCUUAACCCUUUUUGUUCCUACUUGGGUUCCUUUUGCCCUUCUAAUGGUUAGGUCUUUUGAGAGCAAAGUCCAUGUCAUUCAUAUAUAUAUAUAUGAAAGAAAUGGAAAAAAUAUUCUACAGAUACUCCAUAUUCUAUACUCCAUAUUCUAUAUACUAUAUUCUAUAUAUAUUCUAUAUUCUAUAAUGGUUAGGUCUUUUGAGAGCAAAGUCCAUGCCAUUCAUAUAUAUAUAUAUAUGAAAGAAAUGGAAAAAAUAUUCUACAGAUACUCCAUAUUCUAUACUCCA